UAUUGAUACUGUAUCGCCCAUCACUAUCAAGUAACAAACAUGGCGAAGUUAUUGGGUUUGGAUAAAGUUGCAAAGCUUUUUCAAAUAAUAAGGGAUAAUGGUGGUUUUUUGAAUUCACUGGGUGUUUUGUACAGAAUUGAUGAAUUAAAGAGUGGAACUUUAGUAGGCGAGGAUAAAUAUGGAAACAAAUAUUAUGAAAAUAAAUCAUACUUCUAUGGUAGUAAUAGAUGGGUUAUAUAUUCGGAAAAAGUUGGCUUAAAUUAUGAUGGCUCUCAAGUUCCAGCAGAAUGGUUUGGAUGGUUACAUUAUAAAACAGAUUUGCUUCCACAUCAAGAUCCAGCACGCCCAAAAUAUAAAUGGAUGAUAGAUCAUAAACCAAAUUUGUCUGGUACUUAUGAAGCUUAUAUGCCUUAUAGUACAACAAAACCAAAAAUUCAGCCUUGGAAACCACCACAAUAACAUAUUUUCAGCAUUUGCUGCAGAUGAUUACAUGUAGAAUUGAAUAGUAUAAUAGUGAUAAGUAUAACAUGUAAUUAAAUGUAAAUAAAAUAUAUAAAUAUCUGCAUA